AUGGCAGAAACCGGUGAAACGGAGAAUGAUUUGUCGGCAUUGUUGGAUAGUGCUUUGGCAGAUUUUGGUCGUACUCGUAAUACGGAUGAUGAACUGGAUUCAAUGAUGAAUACAAUGGAUCAGCAAGCUGUACAAAAGGCGGUUCAGAAAUUUGAUGAUGUAAUGAAAACAGUUCAAAGAUCCAGCAGUCGUACGAGUGUUAAUUCAUCUGAAACAAUACAAAUGACUGUGGAUGAGCGCAAAGCGGCCGAAAAUUUCCAAAACAUGCUUAAAACAUUGAUUGAAUCUGAGCAAAAAGCAUUAGACGAACAUCCGCCAAAUAAGGAUGACCAGCAUAGCUAUGAUCAGGAUAGUGCUGAAGCUUUUAUUAGGCAACUAAAAAAUUUAUCCGAACAAGAUCCAGCUAAUAUAACGGACGAAUCGCAGUGUAAAACGUUAAUAAAUCUUGUUCAAGCGUUCUUUUCAAAAGAUUUGAUGUAUCCACCUUUGAAGCAGCUUUUGGAGAGAUUUGUUAACUAUACAGCAGAACACAGUGAGUUAGACGUAGAAACGAAGGCUCGUUAUGAAAAACAGAUUUGUGUAAUACAACGUAUAUGUUUGGAAUAUGAGAAGGACGAUAGCGAAGAUUUGGAAGAAAUGAAACGAAGAUUUGAUACUAUCACCACAUUAAUGCUGGAAUUGCAAUCGUAUGGGUAUCCUCCCGAGGAUUUAGUGGGUGAAGCACCCCCUGGCUGGAUUACGGAUCCUCAAACUGGUUUACCAAAAGUGGAUGACAUAUCAAAGGCUGCCGAAUCUUGCUCACUUAUGUAG